AUGGCUAAUGAUUUAGAAACAGGGGACGAACCUCUCCUAGGAGGGCAUCAAAUUAUGCCACCACAGCCCAAUAAUAAUAAUAAAACACAUCAACCUCAUGGACAAAGCAAGGUCUUGGUUACAAUCUGCCCUACUGGAAGUUUUACUACAUGGGAGGAACUAGCUCAGAGAUUUUUGGCGAAAUUCUUUCUAUCGUCAAAAACCAAAAAGCUUCGAAAUGAGAUAAUAACUUUUGCCCACCAGGAUCAAGAGAGUUUGUAUGAAGCUUGGGAGAGAUUUAAGCACCUAUUGAGGAAGUGCUCACGUCAUAGCCUACCCAAGUGGUUAAAGUUGCUGGUGGAUCUUUUGAAAGAAAGGAAAUUGAUGAGGCAUAUGAAGAUGGCAAGCAAUAGCCAUUAUCAAAAUAACUCUGAAAGGAAGAAGCCUGCAGGAGUUUAUGAGAUUGGCAAUAGCCAUUAUCAAAAUAACUCUGAAAGGAAGAAGCCUGCAGGAGGUUAUGAGAUUGAUGCCAUUACCGCACUCAAUGCCAAAGUGGACAAUAUGGUGAGGAAGUUGAAUUUAUUGAUUACUAACUCCAUUAAUUCUAUUAUGCAAGCAUGUGACAGAUGUAAUGGACAACAUGGAAUUGGAGAGUUAAGGAAUCAUCCUAAUCUUUCUUAUGAGCAUCCAAACAAUGCCUUGAAAGCACCACUAGGUUUUCCCUCUCAAGAGAAGAAGACUCAUGAUGAUCUUCUUACUACUCUCUCUAAAUCUCAUAUGGAUUUCAUGAAUGAAACUCGAGAAAAUCAUAAAAUCCAACAAGCUGUGAUAAGGAACUUGGAUAUUCAAUUAGGGCAGUUUGCUAACAUGAUGGCUUCUAGACCUCAAGGUACGUUACCUAAUAACACUAAGAAAAAUCCCAAAGAACAAGUACAAGCUAUCACUUUGAGAAAUGGCAAACAAUUGGAGGAUCCACCCAGGAAAGAGGACAAAAAGAAAGAGUAG